CUUGCUGCAGCUGGCAGCUGGCCGCGGUUCCCAUUAAGCAUCAUCUCUCUCUCUCUCUCUCUCUCUCUAAGUUGGUGGCAUUUGAAUAUAGAAUUCUAUACGUGGGUUUUUGUUCUUCUUCCUCUGCUUGUUCAGGUGUCAGAUUAGGCUCAGGCUCAUUGAAUUUUGUUUGAUUGAUUAUAAAGUUGUAGAUAACAUAGAUUAGAUAGAGAAACAUACAUGGGAGUUGAUGAACAGGAGAGUGUGUCUAAGGAGGGUAAUGAAGCCGCUUCCAACAACAAACCUUGUGAUUCUCCUCCUCUACUUCAACAGGUUGGAGAUUCAAGUGAAAUUAUUGAAGAACCAUCAAGCAGUCAUCCUCAAAGGAACCAAAAUGUGGCACCAGAGAUACCCUUGAAAAUGAAUGAGGGAUGUAUUGAGGAUUUUGUUAGAAUAAACAUGCCCCUGACACCAAGUCAAACUCCCAAAAGAGUAAACUUUUCCCCAAUCCCUAGCCCUGGUUAUUUCAGAUACAAUGAUUCCCCAAGCCCAAUGUCAUCUAGGGGUAAAUCAGCCAUGAAAAGCCUUCUUCCAAAACUAAGCUUUAAAUUCCGCAACAAUAAUUCAGAGAUUGAGAAGGCUGCAAUCUUAGCAUUGGGUGAUUCUCCGGCAGAGACACGGGGGAAACCUUUUUUCCGGAGGACAUUGUCUCUUACCAAACUUUUUGCACCCAAAAUGAAAAGAACUUCAUCUUUACCUGUUACCCCUAUCGCACAUUCAAAUCCGGAGUCCACACAUGGAGCACACACAAUUGAUGAGUAUGCUAAUAUUGGAACUCAGCUUCAAAUUCAUCGCUCACAUUCAGUCCCUGUGUUAAAUAAAGAUGGAAACAUAACACCAAGUGAUUCAUUGAAUGGUGUAUUUCGUGUGGUUCCCUCUACUCCACGAGCACUGGAAGGACCUUUUGCUACAUUGACCACAACUCUAACAAAAGAUGCUGAUGGAAAUAACGAUGAUGCUGAAGAUAUUCCUGAAGAAGAAGCUGUUUGUAGGAUCUGCUUAGUUGAACUUGGGGAGGGUGCUGACACUCUUAAGAUGGAAUGUAGCUGCAAAGGCGAGCUCGCAUUGGCCCACCAAGAAUGUGCUAUAACAUGGUUUAGCAUCAAAGGUAACAAGACAUGUGAUGUCUGCAAGCAAGAAGUCCAGAAUCUACCUGUCACCCUUUUACGAGUUCAAAAUUCUCAGGCUCGUAACUUUCCGGGAAGCAGAGUUCAACAAGCUGAAAUUGCUCAAUACAGAGUCUGGCAGGAUGUCCCUGUUCUUGUCAUUGUCAGCAUGCUCGCUUACUUUUGUUUCCUAGAGCAGCUUUUGGUUACCAAACUGGGGUCAGGUGCAAUUGCCAUAUCCCUUCCAUUUUCCUGCAUAUUGGGUCUCCUCGCAUCCAUGACAUCAACUACCAUGGUGAGGAGAAGAUUUGCCUGGCCAUACGCAACUCUUCAGUUUGUACUGGUGGUUCUCUUUGCUCACCUUUUCUAUUCCCUGCUUCAUGUGCAGGCUGUUCUCUCAGUUCUUCUUGCGACGCUUGCUGGGUUUGGAGGUGCAAUGAGUGGGACUUCUAUUCUUCUUGAGGUUUCAAAACUGAGGGGAAGGUGGAAUGCUUUGUUAAAUCUUCGGCAGAGUUCUCAGCAGGCAACAGAGUCUCAUCAGACUUCUGAAACUCCAAAUAUGCCAGAAACAAAUGCACUCCCUCAAACUGGAAUUGCAGACUCCAGAUUGAAUGGAGGCAGUUGAUCUGACAUCACCACGCAAUAGAUUCAUGUUACAUCCUAGAGUUGAACGAGGAAUGGCCCUCAACUCACUGUAAAUUUCGGAUGGAAUAUGAACACUCUGGUUUUCCGUCAACUGUGCCGGCCAGUUUCAUCUUUACACUAUUAUAACAAUACUAGGCGACGAGCAUGUUGAAUUAUCCUGUUACAGGAGACUGAAAUCUUGUAAUCUUGAGAACCGUGUGCGUAUUUGCUGCCCAAUAGUAUAUUGUUGCUGAGCACUUGUGUCCAAUUUAUCAAGGAAACUGUACAGUGAUGGAUUCUUAAAUUAUCAAGGUCAUGCAAGAGUAGUUUGAUUGAAUCCUUCACUACCAUGUUUUAAAUUUGCAAA